UGGGAGGACAAGGAAAGAUGUUGCUGCACAUAAGCGUUGAGAUUUCAUAUUGGAGUUUUAAGUUCGGUGUUUAGUAUUCAGUAUCGCGUCGACCCGAGAGUGCGGCUGCAGUCGCAUGAAAACGUCACUUGUUGGAAACGCUUUGCACAAUUGCUGACUAAAAUAUUUUGGUGAAAGUGUGGAUACCUCAUUAUGGAAUUGGAUACAAUGGACUAAAUGACGAACUAUGUGAAAGUGCGUAUGUGUGAUUUUGGUUUUACAAUGUAUGCAAUACCAUUUUUUCCAUUUUUGAUUAAACUGCAAAUUCGCGUGGUGUGAUUACAUUCAAGGAAUGUAUUGGUAAACACCGCCUUGCAAUAAAGCAAUAAAAAAACCCAAUAAUUUCGUUUGCUGGGUGACCGGAUGUCCAUUUGUUUUGUUCGUUUGCAGGUGACCGAGGGUAAGCAAUUAAUUUGAACACUUUGGGAAACUUCAGGAUUUAACGUCGCCGAAGGUGUUUGGACUGCUGUUUUCCUCCUUGCUUGUAUUACGAUAUUUUUUUAUGAGCGUUUACUAUCGUCAAUGGAGGUAACCACGGACCAGGCCCGCUGGAUCGGUCAUCAUCAUCCAGCGGUACUGAACGGUCAGCAUCACGACUCUCACCACCCGGCUCUUGGCCACUCCUACAUGGACCCAUCUCAGUACCCUCUCGCCGACGAUGUGGAUGUACUGUUUAAUACCGACGGACAGAGCAACCACGUCUCCCCUUACUACGGAAACUCCGUCAGAGCCGUCCAGAGAUACCCGCCUCCGCCACACAGUAGUCAGGUAUGCCGUCCGCCACUACUCCCCGGCUCCUUGUCCUGGCUAGACGGAAGUAAGGCUCUCGGGACGCACCACAGCAGUUCGCCCUGGAACUUGAGCCCCUUUCCCAAGUCCUCUCUACAUCACGGUUCCCCGGGGGGCCUUUCUGUGUACCCGCCGACAGCGUCGUCCUCCCUGGCCGUCGGUCACUCUAGCCCGCACCUCUUCACUUUACCUCCGACCCCUCCAAAAGAUGUCUCGCCGGAUCCGAGAAUCUCUAGCCCGGGGUCGCACAGUUCCGGUCGACAGGAGGAAAAAGACUGCGUAAAAUACCAGGCGUCUCUGUCGGAAAGCAUGAAAAUGGAGCCAUCUCACUGCCGGAGUACCGCACCAUCUACCCACCACCACGUCGCGUCAUACCCAUCUUAUGUCCCCGAGUUCGGCUCAGGCUUCUUCCCGCCGAGUAGCCUGAUAGAAGGCAGAGAGUGUGUUAACUGCGGAGCUACCUCCACCCCUCUCUGGCGGAGAGACGGGACUGGUCACUAUUUAUGUAACGCCUGUGGACUCUAUCACAAGAUGAACGGACAGAACCGACCGCUAAUUAAACCAAAGAGACGACUGUCUGCGGCCAGACGGGCGGGCACCGCGUGCGCCAACUGCCAGACGUCCACCACCACGCUCUGGAGGAGGAACGCCAGCGGGGAUCCUGUCUGCAACGCGUGCGGGCUGUACUUCAAACUUCACAACAUUAACCGCCCCAUGACCAUGAAGAAGGAGGGCAUCCAGACCCGGAACCGGAAGAUGGUCGGCAAGUCCAAGAAGGGGCGGAGGUCCCAGGACGGUGGGGCGGAGUACUCGUCCAAAAGCGUCUCGUUCUGCGCGCCCGCCGCGGGGAUGCCCCUGCCCCCCUUCUCCCACCCGGGACACAUGCUGAGCGCCCCCAUGUCUAUGCACGCCCCGCCCAGCCUCCCCUUCGCCCCCCACCACCCCUCCAGCAUGGUGACUGCGAUGGGAUAGCCCCCCCUAACCCCCAAACCUCCGCAAAACCUCCCCAAAACCCCCCCAACCCCCAAACCCCACCCACCCCCCCUAACCCCCAAACCUCCGCACCACCCGUAACCUCCCCAAACCUCCCCAAAUCCUCCCUAACCCCCAAACCCUCCCUCUGCCCCCUGCCCUGAGAGACUGUGCUCCUGCACUGAGAGACCAUCCCUUUGCCCUGAGAGACCAUCCCUUUGCCCUGAGAGACCGUCCCUUUGCCCUGAGAGACCGUCCCUUUAGGCUGAGACACCGUCCUACUGCGCUGCACGAGGGGACGCGGGCUUCGUUCGCGUAACGCCUCGGAAGCCAUUUCUCAUCAAGGUGCAAGGCGAAAAACAACCCAGACCUCCGACAACCCUGUUAAACAGGGUUCCCUACUUGUGUGAAAAAGAAAAUAAAUAAACUUGUAACACGUCGGUACAGACUGUACGAAAUACCAUGUGUUCAAUUCAGUGAAGACUUUUCUUUAUGAAAAAAGUCCAUGUGCAGCUAUGAGAGGAGGAGGAGAUAUAUUGGUCAGAGUUAGGUCUUUGGAGACCUUGUUGGUUUAAGGUUCAUUUGGAGACCAGGUCAACGUGGUCCCCUGGAACACACUUCUGGCUGUAAAACGGAGGAAUUGACCGUUCCCAGCUCAACCGUGCUUCAGGUCCAACACAAUACGCACACACGCGUGCACACAUUUCUGGCUGGACCAUGAUCAUGUGUAUUGUGAAGAACGUAUUCUGUAUUUGUUAUUUGUAUGUAUAAUUCAGUACCAAAAAUAUGUAAAAUGCAGAGUGAAGAUGUAGAAUUAUUUCCUAAUUUAAUGCGAACUGGUUGUAUACAUUUAAUAACGGCUUGUAUAAAAAAAUAAAAUAAAAUACUGCUUCUCGUUUUGUAAUAA